GGCCUCCAGAAAGACCUUGAUGAGAUGAAGGUUAAAUGUAGGGAUUCUUAUAAAGUAGCAAAGGACAAUAUUGAUGGUCUUAAAAACCAGCUGGAUGGGCUUUUCAAACAAGUUAGUGCCAUCCAGAGUCCAGCCAAAGAUGUCUUAAACAUUCUCCAGAAAGUCGUCGACCUGCAGGAGCUGGAAGCAAUAAUAAACACUGAGAGAAAUGCCACAAAGAUUGAAAGACUGGACAAGCGUCGAAAGGAAGCUGAGAAAGACUUAGCAGAGAUGAAGAAAGACUUUUCGGGAAGUGUUGAAAUUUUCGACGGGGCAGUUUCAAAGAUAAACAAAGAGAUGUUGAAAAGCGAUAAGGCAACAUCGACACCUCUUAAUGACUUAAAGAAGUACAUGGAAGACAAGCUCAAACAAGGGGAACAAGGCGAUGUUGCAAAACAGGUGCUGCAGAUUGUUAAAUUGCAAAUUGAAGCAAUUGAACUAAUGACACGUAUCUCUGGUAAAUUUAAGAUGCAAGCACAGAUGGAUGCAAUUACAAGCAAAUUGGAAUUCAAAAAUGGCCUCCUAUCAGAUCUGAAAGAGGAACGACAAGAGAGUAGAGGGAAGACACAAAAAAUUGAUAUGCUCAUAGCAGCAAAUGAGAAGGAAAUAUUAGAGCUGAAUGCUGAAUUAUCAGCUCUUAAACAAACAUUUGUUCAGAUUGAUGAACAGGCAAAUGCAUUUGAUGGGAAAAGAACAGAAAUAAUGGACAAAAUUGCCAAACUGAAGGGCAAAGAUGAGCUAAUUUCUAGAAUUCUUAAACUCCAGUUUGAAUUUAUGGAGGCAGUAAUUACUGCACAGGGACAAAUGAAAGCAGACGAAUUUAAGAUAAAUGAUCUCCAGAAAGAGCUUGAAAAGGAACAGGAGAGGGCAUUAUAUCUGGAUGGUGACAACAGAAGUUUACGCAAAAAGCUGUUUAUCCAGGCAGAGCAAUGCAAAGAUGUGAUGGAUCAGUACAAGAAUGCAGAAGCUGAACUAAAUACUCAAAUAAAUAAGGUAACAGAUAAAACCUCAAAGGGAGCUCUCCAGAUUAUUUUGCAAGGCUUUGAAAUAGACCAACUAACGAAGCAAAUUACAGCAUCCCCAUCUAAUGACAAUUUGAAGCGAACACGGGAUGACAAACUCAAAGAACUGAAGCUGAAAAAGGAGGAACUUCAGAAAACUGAUGCUAGCGCUGAAAAAAUUCUUAAAGUGAUAUCGCAGAUGGAGGAAAUCUGGAAGCUACAGACUGAAGAUCCAGGCAACAUAGAUAAAAUCAGCAAGCUGCAGGAGAAUCUCCUGAAGUUGAUUAACGAUUUAGAUGAUAAAAUGGCUUCAAAACCAAUGCUGAAAAUCAUUGCUCUCCAGUCUGGUGUAACCUGGAUAAGGGAAAUGCUGAAAACUGUGACUAAACAGGCUGAGAUCGAGAAAGCUGAGAUCCAAAAGGAACUGGAUGCCAAAAACCGUAAGCUGAAUGAAAAAAACAAAGAGUUGACUGCUGCGACCGAUAACAUCAGUCAGCUAAAGCAAGAUAUUGCUGCUUUGAAGAAAGACAUUUCGGCGUUGGAAAUCCAAAAAGAAACAGCUCAAAACAGUGCAGAGCAGACUAUUAAGGAUCUGCAAAAAAAUCUAAAACAGAGUGUCGAGGCAUUGGAUGAUGCAAAUAAAUCACUAAAAGAGAAGAAUGGCAUCCUAUCACAACAAACUACAAAGAUCAACAAUCUCUUAGACGAAGUGAGAACCUUGAAACAACAAGUGCAAGAAAAAGAAUCACAAUUAAAUUUCAGAAUAGCUGAUCUUGAAAAGAGCCUAGCAUUGAAAGAGGAGGAAAAUGCCGAAAUUCGUGCUGAGAAUGAAGAGCUAAAAGCAAAUUGUAAGAAUACUGCUAAAUGCCCUGAACUCGAGAAAAAAUAUAACGAAAUGCAGGCUGAAUAUAACAAUACAAUUUCUAGGCUGAAAAAUGAAAUUCUUCAGAAGGCUUUUUACAUUAAAAAUCUAAUUGAUGAAAUUCAGUACCUGGAUAAGCAAAUUGCACAAGGAUUCCCAGAACUGCAGGGAGAACUGGAAGAAAAGAAAAUGGAAUUGGCGGAGGCAAAGCAGAAGUUGCAAGCUCAGGGGUCCAUAGCAGCCAAAACUCUGGAUGUACUUGAGUUACUAAGUGACAUAGGGAAGCUCCAAGAAAAUCCAACUGAACAGAAUUCAGAAAGGAUUCGCAAACAGGAAGCUAAAUUAAAUGGUUUGCUGGGUGAGUUGCAAAACUCUGGAGACGCAGGGCUUGGACUGGCCUUGAAAAUAAUGUCUAUAAAGGAAUCAAUGUCCAAACUAAAAGAAGCACAAGAAAAACUUGAAACGAAAUAUACAAAGGAAAUCAAUGGUCUCAAGGAACAAAUAAACAAAAAAGAAAAAGAGAUUUCGCUCUUGCAGGCUACCUGCGACCUGUCCGAGAACCUGAACAAAAAGAUAAAAGAACUAGAAAAGGAGCUUAAGGAAAGCAAACAAAAAAUGAAAGAACUACGACAAGAAUCAGACGAUAAGAUUGCAUCGCUAGACAAACAAAUUAAAUCAAAGGACCAGCAGCUUGCUAACACUGAAAAUCAGCUACAAAAUACAAAUGCUGAAAAUGCUAAUUUGAUCAAAGAGCUAAACAAACUGAAUGAUGACAUAAAAAAAAUCACAGAGGAGAAGUUAAUUGCACUGCAGGGUGCAAACAAACAAAUUGCUGAUUUACAAGAGAAAGUACAAAAACAGGAAGAAAAGCUUGCUAAAAAGGAUCAGGACCUGAAGGAGAAGGAUGAAUCCAUUUCUGCAUUAAAACAGCAAAAGGACGAUAUGAAGGGAGAGCUUGAAAAAGUUAAAAACAAAAACAAAGAUCUAGAGAGAGAGCUUAAAACAAAGGAUCAGCAACUUGCUGACACUGAAGCCAAAUUAAAUGAGACAAAUGAUGAAAAUAAAGCUUUGAUUCAAAAGCAGAAAAAAAUGGAAAAGGACCUACAAAAAGUUACAGAGGAGAAAAAAGAAUUACAGAAAGACAUUACUGAUUUAGAAAAUACACUGGAAACAAAAAAACAAGAACUUCAUAAGACGGACCAGAAACUCAAGGAAAAGGAAAAAGAAGUUGCUACACUGCAAAAGGAAAAUGCUGAUAAGAAGUCUGAGCUUAAAGAAAAGGAAGAUAAAUUACAAGAUGUGAUCACUGAGAAAAAGAAACUUCAAGAAAACCUGGAUGAGGCCAAACAAAAACUGAAGGAACUUGAGAAAAAUAUAACUGAAACAAAUGAACGUCCUACCAGUGAAUGGCCGACGUUCGAUGCAAAAACUGCCCACCGCAGACUCAUCUUGUCGCAGAACGAGAGAGAGGCGCGUACCUCAUUACUCCCUCAGUCUGUACCUGACAAUCCUGAGCGCUACGACACAGCUAUUGCAGCUCUGGGAAAAAUUGGAUAUGAUUCUGAAAAGCAUUACUGGGAAAUAGGGGUGACUGGAAGAAACUGUUAUGUUGUUGGUGCAGCCAAGGCGUCCGCUCAGAGAAAGGGUAUUUUGAAAUAUGGCCCUGCAGCUGGCUAUUGGGUCAUUCAGAAGAGUAGAGGUUCAAAACUUUUUGCCAUUGCUGACAGUCAGCUUCAACUAAACACUGAUGCACCUUCUAUAAUUGGGGUCCAGUUGGAUUUUAAAAACAAUCAGGUCACUUUUUAUAAUGCAGAAAGGAGGUUUAAAAUAUAUAGCUUUGAUGGCAAUCAGCUGCAGGGGAAAAUCUAUCCAUAUGUUGAAAGCUGCAGUGGUAAUGAUGAGCCUCCAUUCAUCUUAAGGCAACCUCAGUCCACCGAUUGGCUCAAGCAGUGAUCUCCAUGUAAUAGGAGUCUGUUUUUGUAUCCAAAGAAAAUGCUUUCUGCUUUGAUAUUUUGACUUGUUACUACUAUCAACUGCAUGCUUGAAUGGCAUCUUUCAUUUAAAUAAAUGAUCUAUAU